AAACUAUCACUAGUCUACCACGAGUACUUAUUUUGUACAUUUGAAAGCAAUUUGACCCUUAAGUAUUAACUGGUUCAAAUUCCUUUAAUCUUGAAUCGGAAGUGAAAAUUAGCACUCCUUACGGUCUGAACCAUGAAUCUAAAUUAACCAUCAUUACUUUUACAACAGUGUCAGAGUAUCACUAUUACGACGAUAUCAGAGUUAUGAACAAUUAUAUUAGCCCUUAAAAGCCUGAAAAAAUCAAAUAUUAUCUUGUUAUCUGUAUGCACGAUAUUUGCAGGACGGAAAGUACCAUGGGAGAAGUUCUUUGAUAAGCUGUGGAGUGGAGUGUUGCUGUGUGACUUCUGUAACUCCAUGAACAAACUCUGUAAUGAUCCUGCGCUAGAACCGAUAAACAUGUCAAACCACACGGACCGAGGGAGGACCUUUGUCAGACACAACGUGGAGGUUUACAUAAUCUGGUGCAGGAAGUUCGGGAUACCAGAGCUCAGUCUGAUGGACGUGAGCGACUUGGUGGACAAGAAGAGCGUUAAAAUGGUCCUCGGAACUAUCCUAGCUGUAGGCAGAGAAGCUAGAGCUAGAGCGCUACCUUGCCCAGUGGUGGCGGUGUUAGAACAGACGUAUAAGAUGAACUAUGAGAGCAUGAUAGAUGCCGUAGUUGGAGAGGAUGCUAUAGACGACUCCAAGGACAUUCACGAUUCGGUGAAGCUAAAACGAAAGCGUUUCCAGAUGAUCAAAGCUAAAGCCUUAUCAGGAGCAAACAUUCGUCAAGGCACGUUGGAUGAUGAUAAAAGGAACAUACAAGAAGAUAUUCUGUGUUUGAUGUACUUGAAAGGGUUCAAGAGAGGGGACGAAUCUGCGGAGAGUGUCAUUAAAGGAUGGCAAGGAGCCGUCAGAAACGGAGACUACAGAUCCUCCACCCUACCCUCCAACUUGAAGGCAAAACUAGACCAGUUUGAGGGGGUAGACUUGAGGUACGGACAGACUCUGCCCCGGAACUACGGGGGAGCCAAGUCUCCGAGCAACCUGGAUGGGAGUGAGGAGGAUGAAGCUAGGAGAGGGGCUGAGAUUGAGGAACUCAGGAACUUCAAGACCCCUGAUCUGUCUAAGUUUGAGGACCAGGAGAAAGAGAUUGAGACCAAAAGAGGAGACAAGGCAGAACGGAGGAUUUCUUUUGGGUUUGGCUUGAGUGAUAUAUUCGGAUCAAAGGAAAAAGAGGAAAAGAGCGUCGUUAAUGCGGAGAAGAAAGAUGAGCUGGUAAAAGCUAAUGGUGAUGAAGUAGAAGAACCUCAAACUGCCGAGUACGUACUGACGAUACCAGGUGAGCAGUUUAACCAGAUGAGAGAAAGUGGGAUCCUGGGGGACAUGCUGGAGAACUACGUGAUCACUGAUGACGGGGAGUACAACGUGGUGUUGACCGGUGAACAGUACAGCCAGUUCCAGGCUCUCAUAAAUCAGGACACCAGGCUGGAGACUGUUAGUCAGGCUCAGGCUGAAGAGAAGACCAAGAAAAGGGAUUCAAAGAAGAAAGUCAAAAAGAGCAAAUCCAAGGAUGGGGAAACAGACGCGGCAUCUCCAAACGCGACACCCAAAUCAAAACGGAAGUCAAAGUCAAAGCUAGGACGAUGGGGGAGUAAGAGCAGUAUCAAACACGCGGAAACGAGUGAGAGUGAGGCAGAUCCUGCCGAGAAAAAGGUCAGACGUACCAAAUCCUUCUCUUUCAACAAGAAGAAGAGGGAUGGUAGUGCGAGUGAGGACGGUGAGAGGAAGAGGAGGUCUAGUCUGUUUGGGAGGAAGAAGAAGAAGAACUCGGUGAGGCUGACGAUCCUAGCCUGA